UGUCGUAAAAAAAUAGUCAUCUUUAUUCUCUCUCUUAUUACUACUCUCAUAUUGAUUAAUCUUGAUUAGCAAGAGUAGGGAGACAUAUAAAAAGUAUAGACAGAAAAGUUUAGAAUGUAAAUUAAAGUUUAUAUCAUCUAUAAGAAUUUAUAUCAAAAAAAUAAAAAAAUAAAAAAUUUAUUUUAUGUUUUAAAUCAGUAUGGUAAAUCAUGGCAAAGUAAAACAUUUCAUUUCAAUAGAAAAAAAAUUAUUUGUAGAUGAAGCGAUGAUCCAUAUAAAAAAUGGCAAUUAUAAUAAGGCUAUAUAUCUUUAUAAUAAAGCAUUGGAUCUUGAGCCAAAUGAUAACAAUGCAUUAAUAGCACGAAGUAAAUGUCAUCUUUUAUUAGGAGAACCACAAAAAGCAUUGCAAGAUGCAGAAAAUGCAUUACAAUAUAAAAUGAAAAAUGCAAAUAUGGCUAAUGCAAUAUAUUGUAAAGCAGAAGCUUUAUAUUAUCUUGGUGAUUUUGAAAUGAGUCUUGUAUAUUAUUACCGUGGCAUGAAAAUCCGUCCAGAAUACGGACGAUUUCGUCUUGGUGUGCAAAAAGCAAAAGAUGCAAUAAAAAAUAUAUUACAUAAAAAUUAAAUAGUUAUUUUAUAAAAAUAUGAUUAUAUUAAUUGAUUAUAAAAUUUUUUUAAAUU